UGUGUGUGUGUGUGUGUGUGUGUGUGUGUGUGUGUGUGUGAACAUCUACAGUGUAAAGCAUAGACAUAUAUAUACGUAUUUGUCUAUGGUGUAAAGCGCUUUGGGGCUGUAGGAGUACACCUGGAAAGCGCUAUAAAAGUGUUAGCCAUUUAGCAUUUAGUUGAUGAUAAAUAUGUGUCUGUAGUUUUCUGCUGAACUGUUUCCUGAUUGCUGUUCACACCACAGCCACACAGAGCUCGUACACCAGCACAACUGUCAGAGGAAAGUUCACCAGCCAUGCACUCUGACUGAAGAGCUCCUGUUAGAGACAAUGAUCCUGAUCAUCAUCACAAUUCUGGGAACAACAGCUCUCACAAAAGGAGCAAUGGAAUGUGACUUAACUGGACCUGUUGCAUUUCACCAGUGUUUUGGAGCAGUCGGGAAGCCACUUAUUUUUAACCUGCCAACGAAUACAACUUUACAGAUGACUCUGUUGAAGAAUAAAACCUCAAUUUUAACGCUCAAUGAUAACAAACGUGAAGUGACUGACUACAGAAAUAUCUCCACGCUCCUGAAGAAUGGAACAUUUAAGAUUAACUGUGUGACAAGGGACGACGCUGGAGAUUACGAGUUGGAAAUAUUUUCAACUGUCAGUGGUGAACAUAAACAGAGAGUCAACGUACAUCUAAAGAUAAUAGAACCAGUUUCAGAUCCAAAUGUGUCUCAGACGUGUUUGUCACCAGAACAGAUGAACAUCAGCUGUUCAGCUGAAGGAAAUGGAGUAAAGUUCACAUUAUCUCUAGACGACAACGUACUGAUGCAGACCAGAGCAGGAAGUACAGGAAAACUAAAUGUUUCAAACGUUAGCUUCAUCUUACACGGUCAACUGGUAGGAAAGCUGGUGUGUCGGGUUCAGAACGAUGUCAGCAGUGAACAGACGUUCAUCCAGCUUACCGGCUGUAAAGGGGCAGGUUCCCUCCUCAGUCUAGUGAACGUGGCUGUGAAAGCAAGUUUGGUUUGUGUGCUUUCGCUUUUGGCUGUUUUUCUUGGUAUCAAACACUUCAAACGGAGAACAAAGAAACCCACAACUGUGAAAGGAGAUGAAGCAGAAGAUGAACCUGUGUACCGACAUCUCAGAGUGACUCCAGCAGCCCGUCAGCUGCACGAUUAGCAAGAAAACCACAGACAUGAUUGUCGACUGCAAUGAAUCCUCAGUUUAGCGUUUGAGAGGAAGGACUUCUGCCGCAUGUCAUUUUUAUUUGAAUUUAAUUGUGAUUUAAGAGUAUCUCUAUUUUAAUAAAUUUCAAAAUAUCUAUUUCUAAACUCAAAUUACAACAAUGUUUUCUUAAAUAUAUAAAACUGUUUCUCAAUAAAUGAGUAUUUCAGCAUAUAUCCUGUAUUGUAUCCUCAGAAAGCUGUACGAUGUCCUCCAACAGGUCAGCGAUCUUGUUGUGUGCCGUCAGAACGAGAUCACUUAUCACACGGCAUUGAUAGUGACAUGUUGUAAAUGCCCUUAUUUAUAAAGAUUUGAUUUAUUUCUAUUGAUCUAUUUUUAGAGCUUUUGGUUUUCAUUUGCUAGGACUAUUGCUACUAUUAUUUAAAGCAUGGAUUGACACACUGUUUUCAUUGCUCAGUAUUAGGGCUGGGCGAUAUAUCGAGAUUUUAAAAUAUAUCGAUAUAUUUUCAAACACGAUAUGGUACGAGACAAUAUCGUUUAUAUCGAUUUAAAAAAAAAAUAAAAAAUGUAUAUACCGUAUUUUCGCGACCAUAAGGCGCAACUUUUUUUUUUUUUUUUUUUUUUUAAAUGUGCCGGGCGCCUUAAGAAACGGUGCGCCGUGUCUAUUACCUGAAUUACGGUAAUGUAAGGCCGGCCAUGAGAACGGUA